CGUCUUGGGCACCUUUCCGACUUCGCGACCUGGCUGGGCAAGGGUGACGUUUGACGAGCGCAGUCAAGCCCAGAUACGAGAGGAUCGCCGCUCAUUUCUUUUCCCUUCUCCCAAGAACCCAGGCCAAUCCUGUGCCGGAUCAUUGCUUCAGUGCGCGAUCCGUUUUUGAUCCACGACUUGAUCUGCCCGCUUGCAUGUGCAUGCGAUUUCGACGACGAUCGUGACGAUAUCGGCCUUCCCAAGGUGUUCAAGACAUCAAUUCAAAUAGGAACUGGCAAUACGCGCGAAACCCCAGACGUAGAACACGCGACUGCAAUCCGUAUUGUACCGCGAAAGAGGAGGGCGUCAUGGACGAGAACAACAGGAUAACCAUCACGGUGUGCGGUGACGGAGGAUGCGGAAAGAGCUCAAUUACACUACGGUUGGUGAGGAGUCAAUGGACAUCAGAAUACGAUCCAACAAUAGAGGACUCGUACUCUGUAACUCGUACCAUAGACGGCAUCCCCUACUACCUAAUGCUCACCGAUACCGCUGGGCAGGAGGAAUAUCGCGGGCUCUGGGCCGCCUCCAACCUACAAUCCGAUGCCUUCCUCCUCGUCUACGACAUCACUAGCGCAAACUCGCUCGAUGCGCUCGAAUACUUCAUGGAGAUGAUCGACAUUGAAACCGAGACUCGAAUGGAUAGUGGGAAAGUGGCACCGGUCAAGAUUGUAGCGGGAAACAAGUGCGAUUUGCAAGGCCAGAGGAAGGUGAGCGCUAGGGACGGCCUAGAUUGGGCGAGGGCACGGAAGUGUGGAUUUAUGGAGACGAGUGCGCGCGAGAUGGUGAAUAUUGAGGAGACCUUUGCUCUGCUCGUACGCCGAGUAGUAGAAGCACGGCGACUCGCUGCAGGUGAUGGCCCUGCGCACCGAACCGCUGCUCUGCCUCCCCCCAAGGAGAGCGAAUUCGCGUCGUAUAACGCACAAGAAAAGGGCGACGAAGCGCCGAAAGAGAGCUUUUGGAACAAGCUCAAGUGCUGGUAGUCUCAAAAUCACGACCUUGGACGAUCUGAUCGGACGACAUUCAAUACGGGAUCGACAUCGAAAACGACUUGGAUUUCUACUGUGUAAGAAUAAGAAGGGAGUUGAGACGGUUUGCACGAGCAUGAUCUACCAUGUUUACACACAUAUCACCUGAAGCGUUGCUGCUUUGCACCUUUGCUUGGGGUUUUUUUUUGGAUAGCCCGCGGGCCGUGCUAUCAAGAAGACGUCAGAGACGUCACUAAAGACAUAUUUUCGGUUGUAAAAGUACAGAACCAGCGUUUGGAUAUACCAGGCAGGGUACGGCGCUCUUUCAAAUACGUUGUUGGAUAGAAGCUGGUGGGUUGGUCGUGUUGUUCUUGUACAUCUUCUAGUUGAUGUACAAUCCGACCAAGAGUAAUGUGUAUUUAUACCAGUUGACAGUAUAAACGUUUGUCAUGAAAUUUGACUGAUUUGGUACGAAUGAUGAUGGU